AUGGACUUGGCCCCUCCUCCUCUCACGGGUUCUCCGUGCUCUCCCUGGCGCAAGAGUCUUGAUUCACCUCGUCCAUAUAACGUUUACAACUACAUGUCUCGGGUCCCAGACGGCAGCUAUGUCCAUUUACCCUCUGUGGAAAGCGCCUGCGAUACACCUUCAUCCUUUGCCAUAAUCGAUUCCGCACUGGCUGAUCCCGCUUUGGCCGAUGCAUUUGACGUUGGCAGUCCGUUUGCGCUGCCGGAGCCGAUCCCUUCAUCUAGCAUCGAGUGGGCGGCGCCUACUGCCGUCGCCUCAGCUACCUCACCCGCACUCUCGACCACUUCAAGCAUGCCCCCUCGCCUAUCUGAGUAUGCUCAAUUCGGUUACGACUCCUCCGGCCUCUCGCCGGCCUCGUACCCGGCUACGGCUGCAUAUUCAAGAACGACUUCGCAUUCGCCUUCUUACAUGAGGACGCCACCGCUCCGGACGGCCGACGCGGACAGUUUCUCUCAUCUAUUCCCAACGAGAACGCCACUCGGCUCUACGCCUACGGUGUUAGGCGGUGCAUCCUCCUCCUACGGGCAUGUAACAGAUGAUUCGAGCUACUUCUCCAGCUCCUCGUUGAUGCCGUCCAACGGUCUGCACAUGGCCACGUCACACCCCAGCACACAAAUGCUCUUCCCCGAUGCGCCUCAACCCCGAGCUACCAUAUACUCGGGUAACCAGCCAAAGGGUACCGUACACGGUCUCGCCACCGCUUCUUCAUCUUCUCAGCUCAUCCUGCCUCCCGUCCUCUGCAGCGCUCACAAGGUCAACCAAUCGUGGGACAAGACCAACAGGAAGGACAAGAGUCGAUCUCGUCGGCACACGACUAAGGAAGAAGCCAAUUUUCAAUGCACGGUCGAAGGAUGCGGAAAGUUUUUCAGUCGCAGUUACAACUACAAGUCGCACAUGGAGACGCACGAUGAGAAGCGCGAGUACCCGUUCCCGUGCCAGGUGCCUGACUGCACCAGGAAAUUUGUGCGCAGGACGGAUUUGCAGAGACAUCACCAGAGUGUACACGCGAAAGAGCGAGCCCACAGGUGCGACUAUUGCGGGCGUACGUUUGCUCGCAAGGAUACACGCAGAAGACACAUGGAAGACGGCUGCCCCAACCGGUUCGACUUUACCCAGCUGGAAGCAACAGCCGGCUUGACGGGCCAGACCGCGACCAGGGUGACCCACAAGGCAGGGACCACGACCGGGCCCGGCGGCGACCUGGAUACAUUUAGCAUAUCCCUGAGGUCGCCGAUGCCUCUCGCGCCCGCUCCUACGCCAGGGUCCCUUAGAGCUCUGUCUCUAGGUCGAAGACAACCUCAGGACUGGGGAAUGGCGGAGAUGAUGCCACCGACAAGAUGA